AUGAUGAACGAAGACAUCUCCAUCGGCACUGGCCAAAGCAGUUUUUCUAUCGAAAACGCCACCAUGCUACUGACCCAGACCAAGAGAGCGCUAGAAGACGAAAAGGAAAUGAUCACUCCGCCCAGCUCUACUCUCAGGAAAACGACGAAGGAGCUGAACAAGAGGCUCUCGCACCCACUGUCACCAGACCAUUCUUCUCCCAUUGCUCCAUCCAAGGCCAAACGUCAGAGAUCGGACACUUGUGCCCGAUCUAACGGUAACCUGACCCUGGAGGAGAUCCUCCAGUCACUGGAAAGAAGAAGGAUAAACGGCGAACUGAUAAAGAAACCUCCAUAUUCGUACGCAACGCUGAUUUGCCUGGCUAUCCUGCAAUCUCAAGAGGGGAAACUGACGCUGUCUCAGAUAUACUACUGGAUCCACAUCCACUUCCCCUACUACAAACCAAAGGACGCCAGUUGGCAAAACUCCAUAAGACAUAACCUGUCGCUGAAUGACGCGUUUAUGAAGACGGAAAAGUCCUGUGACGGUAAGGGCCAUUUCUGGGAGGUGAGACCAGGUGCCGAAACCAAGUUUUUCAAAGGUGAAAACCGUGGCUACGAAUUCGUAAAGAACUCACUACGGGACAUUGGGAAGUAUUUCGAACUAGACUCUACUCUUAAUGAGUUGGGACACGCAGAGAGCGAAGGACGCGAUAGUGACGAUGACGAGGAGGAGGAGGAGGAAGAAGAAGAAGAAACCGGGAAGUUCCCCUCAAUCGAGAUUCAGUUGAACUCCUCUCCGAUAUUAAAGGUCUCCCAGCUGCAUCAGGUACCGCAAUUGAAGACGAAUAACUACGUGCUGAACCCGCGUGAAAAUCUAGAACCAAUGAAAAGCAUAUCAGAGCACGACGACAACAACAACAACGCCGAGGCCCUAGAACCGCCUUACGUCAUGAAAAAAUAUCACACGUCCCUAGGUUUACCAUCAUUGGUAGAAUCAAGCGCAAAAAGCAAUAACAUCAUUCAGGCAAACAGAUUCAAUACGCUUCCCAUGAACUGCACCAAGUCUCCUCAAAAUUUCAAAAAGUAUUUCACCUCAUUCAACUCGAAUUUUGAGGAUUUAUCUCCACUUCGAGGUAACGUAGAGGCUGGCUCUCUACUCGACCCGCUUCCGUAUUCUCCUUUGAAGCUAUACGACCAGAAAAAUCUCGCGCUCUUGUCAAGGCCACAAUCUCAGCAAUCAUAUUCCAAUUCCCAACUCCCACCUCCGUCCUCCUCUCAUAGUACGGAGCUACUGAAAACACCAAAGAUGAAACACUUGGACUCCUUAGAAAAGACUCCAUCGCGAUUGAUAAGCACCCCCAAGGACGGCAACUCGAUUUUGAGGAAAUGGCAAACCCCUUCUCACCUGUUCGAGGACCUCUACUGCUCUCCACUGUUUAGAGCCAUAGAGACUCCGAUCAGGUAUAUCACGACACCGGGUGGCACAUUGGAAACCCAAAUUUCACCAAGAAAAUCCUCUGCACCGGACGUCCUGACAAAUGCCACGAGUUCUAAAUUCACAUCGAGCGGCCUGUUUGGCGUAGACGUUUAUUCUGUCUGGAAACGUGCCACUGAAAACUCUUCCCAGGGGAAGAAGGCAACAGAUGAUUAUCAUCAUCAUCACCCUUAUCAUCAUCAGCAUCAUCCUUCAAGGGAUAAUAAGAACGAAAAAAAUUGA